UGUCAAAUUAUUCUAACACAGUCUCUUAAUAAAGUUUUAAAAAUUCACAUUACUGCCAUGAUGAUAGACAAAAACUACAGUAAUUUGAAGUGACAUGUAGUACAAAUACUUAACACUAGGUGGCUCUAACUCAAACCAUCACAACAAUGAUGAUUUAUUUCCAAGGACAGAGAAAAGCGUGGAAGUUUGGCAAAGCAUUUUUCCACUGUUACUAAUAAUGGGUCGUUUUAGAAAAGGACAGAGUCUUAAAAACAUAAAUCUUUGGCAAAAAGCUGGGGGUGUACAUGCCAUUACUCAGUGUUGUAUUUCUUUGGGUUUUAGUGAGGAAGUUGUAACUCAUGAACAGUGGUUAUCUCUUGUUAUUGCUCUGUUUAAAACAAAUGAGAAAAGUUAUUUAAAGUGGCUGAAGGUCAUAUGGUCUGCAGAUCGACAAGGAAUUCGGACAAAGGUGCUUAAUGCAGGUAGAGAAAUCAGUGACGAGGGCAAUGUUAAGGGCUCCAUUACAAACAGAGUCAGUGAGAAAAAAAAUGAAGUAAAGAGUAGUACAGGACAAGAAGUUUCCUCUGACUAUACAGGACAACAUACCAGUGAGGACAGGGACCAGUCACAGGGCAAAACAGAAAUCCAUCAAAACCAGCCACAGUCAGAACAGCAGACAGGAAACGAGGACAGAACAGAGGACACAGAUGAUGGAAGAGAGAACAGAACAGAGGACAUAGAUGAUGGAACAGAGAACAGAACAGAGGACAUAGAUGAUGGAACAGAGAACAGAACAGAGGACGGAAAAGGCACAAAAUCAAAGAGAAAACCAAUGAAAACAAGGGACAGAAAAGGACAACUAGAUAAAGACAACCAAAGUGACUACAGAGAGUGCAAUGCAGGGCCUAAAAAAUUCAAAAUUAUGAUAACAAGGAAACAGUGGAUGAAAAUAAAACCAAAACAUGGGGGGAGUCAACUACGUCCCCCUUGGACUGACACACUGUACCAUCAGUUCAUGGAAAAGAAUCCAUGCUGUACACUUUCUUUUAAGUACCAGCAUGUGAAAAUGGACAACAGUCGUAAGAAGAAGUCACCAUUUUUUCAUGCUGCCGCAAAAUGCACUUUUCAUGGAUGCAAUGCAAUGUACACUUUUAGAAAGAAAAUGAUUCCCAAAUCAGAAGACAAAAAAAUCAGUUUUACAGUGAAACGCUUUGGUGAGAGGUAA